AGGCAGAAUUACAAGUGCACUAGUCGCCAAUCGAAGCUCAUUUCCAUUGCUUCAAGAAACAAAACCAAAGACUUGUGCCAAAUGCUCGUAAUACUAUUUCAGCAAGUAAAACAUGGGCAAUUUUCUUAACCAAAGCCACAAUAAACAAGUACCUUUGCUGCCAAACAUGAAGUAAAAUAUCAAAACAUUUAUAAAAACAAAAAUAUCUCAAAAAUUGUCAUAAAUAUAUACAUACUUAUGUGUAUAUGUGAAUAAUACGAAAUAUAAGUAUAUUCGCGAAAAACUAUGUGAAUGUGUACAGAGAUUAAAUCUUUUGAGCUCAAAAUCUAAAAAUAAAAGUGCUUAAAAUAUAUGAGAAGAAACUGACUUUGUGAUACAAGUGCUUAAUUUGAUUGUUGACAUUCUCAUACAUGCAUACAUAAUAUAAACAAAUAAUUACCAAGAAUCGGUGUUACGGAAAUUGAUUAUUGUCAAGAGAACCUCUAUGCGAUUUCUCAAGUCAAUUGCAUGGAAAAUGUAAAUGCCACAACACAGAAUCCACUACCAUGAGUUUAGUGAUAAUUUACGCAGACGAAAUUAACACACAAUUCAAAACAUAAUUAGGAAACCAAAUACUUAAGUAAGAUAAAACAAAUCUUGGUCUUUGAAUUUGUUGUUACUGCAUUCUACACCCUUGUCGUAUUUAAGCUCACGUCGAUAUGACAGUAACAUAACAGUUGCUCAAUCUAUAUUUAAAUCAUACCAGACUUGCCCACAUGACUUUUUCCAUGGAUAAAUCACUUAACGGUAUUCUCAUCUUAUAAUGAAAUAACGUUUUUUAAAGUUGGAGUAAAAUAUAAUAUAACCCCAAAAACAUUUUCUACGAUAUAUAUAAUAUUUUCGAUCGGAUAACAUUUAGCUUCUUCAACCGAUAGUUUGCAACGAAUAUUAUUUAUGGCGUAUUCUCCGAUUUCUCUUAAAUGUAAGCAGUUUGCUGUGAUUUCAUCUAAAUAACCCUACUUCUUCUGUUAAUAUUCGUUUAGUGUAUCCAUCUAGGAAGUUUUCUCAGUUUUUUUCAAGUCAGUGUGCCUGGUGGCAAAGGCAAAACAAAUAAACAUGAAGACCAAUCAACUGGUGAUCGUACGACAUGGGGAGAGUGAGUGGAAUAAGUUGAAUCUCUUUUGCGGCUGGCACGAUGCCGACUUGAGUGAACAAGGUGCCAAGGAUGCAAUUAACACAUCUGCAGUAGCGUUGCGUGAAAGUAAUUUAAAAUUUGACAUUGCAUAUUCCUCGGCAUUAAUGCGCGCGCGACAAUCUCUCAGUAUCAUACUGAAAGAAUUGAAUCUCUGUGAUCUAGAAGUCGUUAGUGAUUGGCAUUUGAACGAGCGACACUAUGGAAAUCUGACAGGUUACAACAAACGCGAUAUGGCCAACAAAUAUGGGGAGGAGCAAGUGCAGUCGUGGCGACGUAAAUACGAUGUCCUCCCACCGCCUAUCACCCCAGACAAUCCCUACUAUCAUUCCAUACGCAAUAAUCCGAGUUUCAAAAAUAUACCAGCAUCAGAUUUCCCAGACACCGAGUCACUGAAGGUCCUAAUGCAACGCGUUAUACCGUACUUUGAGAAUGUUAUAUUCAAGCAGGUGCUUGCUGGCAAACGAGUUCUCAUCAUAGCACAUGGUACAGUGGCACGUGCCCUGAUCAAACACAUCGAUAAAGUAUCGGAUGAGAAUAUUUCUACAGUGAAUGUACCAAAUAGUAUACCCUGCUUAUUUGAAUUUAAUACGGAAACAGGGGAAAAAGUUGGCAUAACUACAUUCUUGGCAGAUGAAAACUUCUUGAACGAACAGAUACAAAAGACCGCUUCGAUUGGGGAGUCAAACAAAUGAAAAUGUAUAUAAUUUUUCAAAACUACAAACCUCUCGAACCCAAAUAAAUGUGUGUAUUUACAAUAUUUUAUGAAAAAAAGGCAAAAUAGGCUAUUUAGGUUAAUGUUAAUUUGUAUUGUAAUUAUAACUGUUUGUGUAUCUAUCUAUUGUAUAUAUUGUAUGUGUAUAAAUAUAUUUUUAUUGUAUACUGUGUAAAUUUAAGUGAUUUGUGAACGUACAAUAAAUAUUGCUGUAUCUUUUAUAAAAAAAAAUAGAAAUAAAUACUUUAAUUAUUGAAUUUGAA